UUCUAUGCAUUAUCAUACGUAUGGGGCGAUCCGGCGGCUGUUUGUGAUCUUGAAAUCAAUGGAACGGCAGCCAAGAUCGGAGAAAAUCUCCACGCUGCGUUGCAUUCCAUUCGAAAGAACACCAAGUUCCGGGUCAUAUGGGCCGAUGCCCUGUGCAUCAACCAGAGCGAUAAUGAGGAGAAGUGGUGGCAAGUACAGCAGAUGGCUGCGAUAUACUCUCGGGCCCGGGCGACGAUCUCCUGGCUUGGACCACCCUCUGAAGACUCCAAGUUGGCACUGGAAACCCUAGUUGAGCUUGGUAGAAAGACGUCUCAUUUCGUUCUGCAACUUGCCAGAGACUCAAGCCGUUGGAAUGCUAUUGCGAAUAUAUGCGCCCGCCUAUACUGGUCCAGGAUAUGGAUAUUUCAGGAGAUGGCAUGUGCG